GUCCUCCGCCUGUUACGCACAGUGACGGCAGGUCUGGAGCCGUUACGUAAGCGCAGACUCAGAGCGGGUCCAAACAGUCCACCGGACCGGAGUCCACGGACAAGUUUCCUCCACAGCCGAAGACCUGAGCCCGGACCCGGACCCGGACCCGGUCCAGACAUGUCGUCCUUCAGCAGCUGUCAGAGUGUGCGCGAGGCGCGGAGAGUGGCGAUUUUCGGCGGAACUCACGGGAACGAGCUGUCAGGUGUGACCCUGGUCCACCUGUGGAUGAAGAACGGAACCGAGAUCCAGAGGAGGGGGGUGGAGACCCGGCCCUUCAUCACCAACCCCCGGGCCGUGGAGAAGUGCAGCAGAUACGUGGACACGGACCUGAACCGAGCCUUCACCCCGGAGAACCUGAGUGCCCCGGCAGACGGCCAGCUGCCCUACGAGGUCCUCCGAGCCCAGGAGAUCAACCGCAUGUUCGGACCCAAAGGGAGUCCAGACGCCUACGACGUGAUCUUCGACCUCCACAACACCACCUCCAACAUGGGCUGCACCCUGAUCCUGGAGAGCUCCAAAGACCACUUCAACCUGCAGAUGAUCAACUAUAUCCAGAAAGCUCUGGCUCCGGCCUCUUGUCUGGUUCUGCUCAACGAACAUCCACUGCUCAAAUAUUCCACCGCUCGUUCUGUGGCCAAACACCCUGUCGGUCUGGAGGUGGGGCCUCAACCUCAAGGCGUCCUCAGGAGUAACAUCUUUGAGUCCAUGAGGGAGAUCCUGAAACACGCCUUGGACUUCAUCGAACUGUUCAAUGAAGGGGUGGAGUUUCCUCCGUGUUCCGUCCCAGUGUUCCGGGUGUCGGAGCGGGUCGAUUACCCCAGAGAUGCCAACGGGAACAUCAUGGCCAUGGUCCACCCCAACCUACAGGACUGUGACUGGGAGCCCCUGAACCCCGGUGACCCCAUGUUCCAAACCUUCGAUGGGAAGACCAUAAGGUACCAGGGUUCUGGUACCAUCUACCCCACCUUCAUUAACGAGGCGGCGUAUUACGAGAAACAGCAGGCGUUUGUCGCCACCAGACGAGAGACUCUGAGCGCCAAUGCCGUCCGCAAGGCGUGAACCGGUCAGCUGUUCCCAGCAGAACCUGUAGAACAGUGGGGUUUAAACAUCAGCUGAUCCCAGUAGAACCCAUACGCACAAGAGUUAGUUGAUCCAGUGGGACCAGUGGAGAACCAUUAACUAUGCAAAGAACGUCUGUGAGGGUUAA